CUGGCUAGUUUCUUGAGCAGUGUCUUACUCCUACAGUUAAUGCUGUCUUUCAUUCACUAAGAUUGUGGCCACAUCUAGGGCCAACCAGACUGAGGGUCAUACCUUGCCUUCAAUUCCACCCCUUUGUGUUCUUGGAACUGGGACCUGACUGUGGCUGGGCACCUUGGAUCACACUCAGGAACUUGGGCCUAUGGCCCCUCAUCUCAGGAGGUCUUAACAGGAAAGCAGAUGACUCUCAGCUAAGGGAUGAACCACCUUGCAAAAAGAAGCCCUGGGGUCUGACUGGAGGGGUUGUUGAUGAGCAUCUGAGUUGGCUGCUCCUAAACCAUCUCCCAACCCUGGGCAACUUUCCUGGAGAAACGCCCCUGUCAGUAGGCCGCACUCAUGGCAUGUGGCCAAGCUGCUAGAGGGAUGCCCUGAAGCAGCUACCACCAUGCAUAUCCCUUCUGAAGCCUUCAGCUUGUCCUGGCAUUCUGGCUGUAACACAAGUGACGUGUGUGUGCAGUGGUGUCCACUCUCCCGGCAUUGCAGCACUGAAAAAAGCAGCUCCAUUGGGAGCAUGGAGAGCCUGGAACAACCAGGCCAAGCCACCUAUGAGGGUCAUCUCUUGCCCAUUGACCAGAACAUGUACCCCAACCAGCGUGACUCAGCUUACAGCUCCUUCUCCGCAAGCUCAAAUGCCUCUGACUGUGCCCUUUCCCUCAGGCCAGAGGAUCCAGCCUCUGCAGACUGUGUCAUGCAAGGCCCUGGAUUAAGUAAGGCCCCUAAUGGCAGACUUAAUGUGGUUGAGACUUCAGGAGGCACCCAGCAUACCAAUGGGGGCCAUUUGACUCCCAGCUCCCAGAUGUCAUCCCUCCCACAGGAGGUCCACCACUCAGGGCCUACCAAAGCUGCCAAGGGUCCACCACAACCUCCAGUGAGGCGAGAUAGUCUUCAGGCCUCCAGAGGCCAACUCCACAAUGGAGAGCAGCGGAGGGCUUCUGAGCCUAUGUACUCUUUGCAACAGAAGAAGAAACCAAGCUUAGACACUGAGCUGUGCCCAAGGAACCCUAACAAGUUCUGCUGCAUCAGUGGGCAAGACCAAACGACAAAUCAGAGCCAUCAGAAUUGUAAGCUCAACCAACCUCCUGAAUCUAAUCAGCAGGGCUAUGAGCACCUACUGAUAGAAGCCUCAGCCAAAGCUGUUGGAUUCCAAAAAUCAUAUGACAAAGUUUCCAGCAUAGAUUCCAGCCCACUCAACAAGAUUUCAGCAGAGCUAGCUAAGACUUCUUCUUUUGGCAGUCCUUCACACCUCACGGGACCCACAGGUCAUCGCCAUAGUGCCCCCGAACGGCUGCUGGCAUCCCAUUUGCAGCAUGUGCACCUUGAUACCAGGGGUAGCAAGGGGAUGGAGCUCCCAACUGGGAAGGAUGGGCAUGAGUGGACUCUGUCUCUUUUGCAUAGCAGCCACGCAGGGAAGAAAAGUCCAUGUCCUCCUGCAGGGGGAAACCAGGACCAGCCCAGCAAGGAGAGAAAGACCAGACAAGUGGAUAAUAGGCCUUUGGGUUCAGGGCACCAGAGCCCAAGCAGCUCCCCCCAUGAAGAAACCGAUGGACACCCUCCAGAAAGAGGUUUCCAGGACCCAAACAGAAUAAGUAGAGCAGGUAAUGAAUUGGCCAGCCAGCAGCCCUCUCCCUCUGGCUCUCUUGUUCAACAAACCAGGGACUGUUCUUCAACCACUAAAGUAGCUGUCACCACAGAGGCAACUGAAGAAGGGAACAAUGAGCCCAAGGAGUGUGGCCAGGUGGGUGGUAGGCGAAAUGGAGGAACCCGGGGCCGCUCAAUCCAAAACCGGCGGAAGAGUGAGCGUUUUGCUACCAACUUGCGUAAUGAAAUUCAGAGGAGGAAGGCUCAGCUCCAUAAAAGCAAGAGUCCCUUAUCACAGCUGUGUGACACUAAGGAGCCAGUGGAAGAGACUGAGGAGCCCCUAGAAAGUCUUCUACUUCCUGCCUCUAACUCACCUCUUCUACCUUCAUAUAAAAAACCACCAAGCCCUAAAGACAAGACCUUUAACAAGAGUAUGAUGCUUAGGGCUAGAUCUUCAGAGUGCCUCAGCAAAGCCCCUGAGAGCCAUGAAUCAAGGACAGGCUUGGAGGGACAAAUAAGCCCUGGCCAGAGGCCUGGCCAGUUCUCUAUGCACCUGAACACCUGGUGGAAAGCAUCUGAUCCACCCUCUUCAGACUCUGAGAAAACAAAAGUUCACCAUGGAGUCCAUGGAGGUCAUUGGAGAUGGUCUCCAGAGCACAACCAGCAGCCGCAUGUGGCACUAGUCAUGGAAAGCUCUUCCAACCCAGGAGAUAACAAGGAAUUGAAGGCUUCUACUGGCCAAGCUGGGGAGGAAGCCAUCCUCUUGCCCUUUGCAGACAGAAGAAAGUUUUUUGAAGAGAAUAGCAAAUCCUUAUCAAUUUCUCAUUUGCCAGGUUUAACCACUCAUAGUAAUAAGACUUUUACCCAGAGACCAAAACCUAUAGACCAAAACUUCCAGCCAAUGAGCUCCAGCUACAGGGAAUUGAGGCACCAUCAUAUGGACCAAUCAUAUCAUUCCACAGACCAAUCAUAUCAUUCCAUUUCUCCCCUUCAGUCAGAAACUCCUACUUACUCAGAAUGUUUUGCAAGCAAGGGUCUAGAACAAUCUGUGUGUUGUAAGCCACUGCACUGUGGUGAUUUUGAUUACCACAGGACCUGCUCUUACUCUUGCAGUGUCCAGGGAGCUAUAGUACAUGACCCUUGCAUUUAUUGUUCUGGGGAAAUCUGCCCUGCUUUGAGAAAGAGAAAUAUGAUGCCAAACUGCUACAACUGUCGGUGCCACCACCACCAAUGCAUUCGGUGUUCAGCUUGCUAUCAUAAUCCCCAGCACAGUACCCUUGAGGACAGCAGCUUGGCACUUGGCAAUGCUUGGAAACCCAGGAAGCCAACAGUGCAGGAAUUUCCUGUGGACAAAUGGAAAUCGACAACAGGAAACAGGAAGACCAGCCAGUCAGGGAGGGAAACGGCUAAUUCUAAGACUGGAUUUUCAUGGGCAACCCCCUUUCAUCCUUGCCUUGAGAACCCAGCACUGGACUUGUCAAGCUACCGAGCAAUCUCCUCUCUUGACCUCCUUGGAGAUUUCAAGCACUCUUCAAAAAAAACAGAGGAAACUUCAGUUUAUGAGGAGGGAAGCCCCGUGGCCUCCAUGCCCCACCCACUGCGUAGCCGUGCCUUCUCAGAGAGCCACAUCAGCUUGGAGCCCCAGAGCUCCCAAACCUGGGCACAGCAAAGGAGGGACCUCUUUACCAAAGUUGAUGAAACACAGCUAGAUCCUCUGGGAACCAAGAAGAAGGCCUUUCCUCCUCCUCGUCCUCCUCCUCCCAACUGGGAGAAGUACAGGCUCCUCCGUGCAGCCCAGCAGCAGCAGCAGCAACAGAAGCAGCAACAGCAGCAGCAAGAGGAGGAGGAAGAGGAGGAGGAGGAGGAGGAGGAGGAGGAAGGACAAGAGGAGGAGAGAGUCGAGAAGGAAGAGGGAAGAGAGGAGGAGGAGCUGCCACCCCAGUAUUUCAGUUCAGAAACCAUUGGUUCCUGUGCUCUCAACACUGAGAGAGUCCUAGAGCAGCCACAGCCUCUGGGCUUUGGUCAUCUGGAGGUCUCAAGGCAGAGCACACAAAACCUCCCAGCAGAGCAAGAGCCUUUUGCUCUCCUUUCCAGUGAUUUCCUGCCUCCAAUAAGGGGCCACUUGGGAUCUCAACCUGAGAAGGCUCAGCCACCUUGCUAUUAUGGCAUUGGUGGGCUUUGGAGGACGUCGGAGCAGGAGACCACUGAUCCCUCCAAACCAGAAGCUUUGAUGGCAGAAGACUCCAAACCCAAGACAGCAUGGAGCCAGAGCUACUUCUUUCCUGAAGAGCAGUUCUCUUUGAUGGGCUGGGGCUCCAAGAAGCAGCACCUCAGCCCCAUGGGCUUCAGUGAACCCAAGACAACAGGGCAAGAAUUUCAGCACUUCUCACCUCCUCAUGGGGGCCCAGGGAUCCCUACCUCUUACUCAGCUUAUUACAAUAUUUCUGUGGCCAAGGCAGAGCUGUUGAACAAGUUGAAAGACCAACCUGAGAUGGCAGAGAUUGGCCUAGGAGAGGAGGAAGUGGACCAUGAACUGGCUCAAAAAAAGAUACAGCUUAUUGAAAGCAUUGGAAGAAAACUUUCUGUCCUGCAGGAGGCCCAGCGAGGAUUGCUAGAGGAUAUCAAUGCCAAUUCUGCCCUUGGGGAAGAGGUGGAGGCUAACCUAAAAGCUGUCUGCAAGUCUAAUGAGUUUGAAAAAUACCGUUUGUUUAUUGGGGACCUGGACAAAGUGGUCAACCUGUUGCUAUCACUCUCUGGACGACUGGCAAGGGUAGAAAAUGCUCUCAACAGCAUUGAUUCAGAGGCCAACCAGGAGAAGUUGGUGCUGAUAGAGAAGAAGCAGCAGCUGACAGGGCAGUUGGUAGAUGCCAAGGAGCUGAAAGAGCAUGUGGACCGACGGGAGAAGUUGGUGUUUGGCAUGGUCUCCCGCUACCUGCCUCAGGACCAGCUCCAAGAUUACCAACACUUUGUGAAGAUGAAAUCUGCUCUUAUCAUUGAACAGCGAGAGCUGGAAGAGAAAAUCAAGCUUGGGGAAGAGCAGCUCAAAUGUCUCAGGGAAAGCCUACUCCUGGGGCCCAGCAAUUUCUAAUUCCAGCAGCAGACUGCCCACACUAUCCCUGCCCAGCCACAAUGGGAAAUGCUUUCAAUCUUUGUUAGCAGUUUGUUAGCAAAUAGAUAGCAGUUAGUUAGCAGUUUGUUCCAUAUCUUCUAUCCUGAAUGUCUCUCACUACCCCUUACCUAGCAGUACACCCAACCAGCUAAGAGACUAGGGAGGACCUAAGCUUCUACCCUACAGUGUAGAAGUGAGAAGUAGAAGCUGUAGCAGAGUGUGAUUAUACAGCCACACUCUCUUUCCCACAGCAAGCACUCACCACACAUAGAACCAACAAAGUGCCUUCAUUCUUCUUUGCACUAGGGCAUCAGAGACAACAUGUACUCAUCACCCACCCAUGCCAUAAUCAGCUUCUGAACACUCAGAAAGAAACUGCAUAUGUGGCUCCACUCUGCCCCAACACUCAUGGCCCAGCCAUUUCCCACAGAGAUCUGACUAUCUUGAGGGCAUUCACCUACUGGAAUUUCAAGGCCUCACUCAAGAUUUUCAGUGUGAAGUAGAGGAGAAAUUACACUUAACAGAUUGUGAACAAAGGUUUGGGAUCCCCAGAUGCCCUUCUGGGUGGAGCUAGGCUUAAUGAAAUUGGCUCCAUCCCCACCUUCCCCAACAUCUACAGGAGGGGGAAGAGGCCUUCUCUCAGCCCUAGCUAGUGUGGCCUCCUUUUGUCCUAAGACUUUGGGUCUACCACUUCCUGUUUCAUCUUGUCUUUUAUUGUUAGGGGUUACACACAUGCCUACCCUAAGGGCUUCACACUAUGGGCCAUGAAUAGCUCUGCUAAAGCUCACAUCUGCAUGUAAGUUUCCUUAUUGGGGGGAAGUAGUUCUUAAUUGUUAUAUUUUAAAUGGCCUUUUGAUUUUAUUUAUUUUUAUGUUUUAUUGUUUUCUUUCUUUCUUUCUUUCUUUCUUUUUUUUUCUUUCUUUCUUUCUUUCAACGAAUAAAGCGAGAAGAGGGGUAUUAGAAAGUGAAAAGUUAGCCCAGGAAGAAAACAUUUUCUCCAGAUCAGCCUGAAUUCAUCAUAGUUAGGUAAGUGGGUGCCAAGGCCUUGAAUUAUUCUCACCAUAGCUAACAAGUGUCUAAGAAAGAAGUUUUUACCUUGAACUCAGCUUCCCCACUGUGGCCUGGCUCUAUACUUCCAUUGAAGUAUAGAUAACCAUGAGCUUAGAAUUCCCCAAGAGGUUUCAAUCUCAUCCUACUUAUUUUUUGAAACCAAAGAAAUCUGAAACUGACAAAGGUCCACCUAUCUCUCUAUAGUCUCAAAGCUAAGGAAAGGGAAGAGGUGAGCUCAGGAGGAGUUCCUCUAUCUAAUUGCAUUCUCAGCCUAUGGCCUGGCCCAGGGAACCUAAAUUCAUGGUAGCUGAAAGCUCCAGCCAGGGCCAGUCCCUCAGAGCAAAGUGUGAUCCAUCCAGGAUCUGAGGCAGACAAACAACUGAUGCUGCUGCUGUUGCCUAGACCCUGACAUGGGAAGCCAGUGUCUAUCCUGGAAAAACCCUCAGUUUGGUGAUGGCGGGAAGGGAGUUAUAGCCAAACUCUGCCUGUUAUACAGCUCAGUUCCCCAUUCCUUGCUAACUAGAGCCCAUGCUUGGUAUUGCACAGCUCUGCCCAGCAAGCCCUGGCAUCUGUUCUAGUUAGUGCUGAGUUCUUCACUGUCCUUGGAGGUUAACUGUAGCAGCAGGAGUGCCUCAUUUAACCAAAAGAAUUUGCCAAGGAACUUUGUUGCUGCUACAAAUACUGGUUCCUAACUUCCGUUUCCUUCUCAUUGUAUUUGGAAACAAUGGAAGAAUCUUGGCCAGCAGGGUAUCCUGAGGUGGGGGCAGGGGCUAGGUAUGCUCUUAGUACACUGCUGCUGUCAGAACUACAGUUAAAAUGUCAACCUGCCAUUCUCCCCCCAAGUGGAGAAUUUUACUUUAUUCAGGAAGGCUAAUGGCUUGGAAAGGGGUGGGCUUACAAAGCCAAGGUAGAGGAAGGUGUGGGAGUGCUUUGAAUAUAGGCUGUGGCUGCCAUCUUAAAAAAAAAAAACAGGCUCUAAGACAAACAAUGAGCUAGUUUAGAUGUCCUGUAUUGAGGGGAUGGGGCUGAUGUAGUCCAUGAUUAUAAGGGGUGUGUGUGUGUGGCUACAACAGCUUUUUGGAAAUAUAGGGAAAAGAGGGGUUGCUCGCUCACCUGGACACUAUGACCACAGUCUGAUUUUUUCUAGUGAGCAGUUGAGUGAUAGUACCUUAAAUUUAAUCACACUAAAAGUACUAUUGACUUAUUUUUGUCCCUCAUCCCACCUCAAAUUAUUUUAGAAUUGGAAUCAGAAUACAAGGAUGCUCAUUUGUACAUGGCAGGACAGUUUCCAAAGAUCUUGAUAAAAUAAUCCUAACUUCACUGUUCAAUUAUAGGCAGACAGAGGAGAACUAUUUAAUAGGCACUGACACUCAGCACUGCUGGCAUAGUCCCAUUGUGAGUGAUAGUGCUGCAAAGCCAUCACUGUUACUUGAGGUGCAUUGUCUCUCUUCCAUUCUCAUUUCCUGGGCUCUGCCUUCCAUAAAGGCUUGCAAGGGGGUAGCAGUUUGGAAGGCAGGCCAACAGAUUUCCACAAAAAUAGUUAUUGGUCUUGACUUCUGCCCUCUCCCUUCGAACACUCAUUCAGGCCCCAGUGAGUAAUAGGUAAGUGCAGUGCUUGAUAUAUAUAGAGAAAGAGCUAUUAUAACACGUCCCUUCUAACUCCCUACUCCCAGGGCCCUAGGAAAUUGAGUCUUCCUGAACCCUAACUGGCUUCAGACUUGGCCAGGUUAUAGCAAUACAUUUCAAUGGGAAUCCAAGAGAAGGAGACAGAGACACUGAAAAUAAAGUCCUCACAAGGGAGAGACUGGAAGCAGAGAAACAGAAAGGGUGAAAAGAUGAAAAGCUUCCUCCAAGGUCAGUUUUAGGUUAUGUUUUCCAUUUAACCUCAUGUGCCAAAAAGCUGUCAAGGGACACUAGAGCCACAACUUUAACCCCAACCUCCCUAAAGGUGCUGCUCUGCCAGUAGCAGGUUUCAGAUGAAGGAAGAUAGGCACACUUCUGGCCACUUCCUGUUGUCUGGAGCUUGGUGACUCCCACUGUUUGCCAAAGGAGUUAUCUAUGCCAAUAAUAUUUCUGAAACAGCAUAUUAUAUUCUUUGAAAAUUAGUAGAUCUUUAGAGGGGGGUGGUGCAGGGGGCAAUUUCUAUAGAUAAAGAACCAGUGUUUGUUGUACAACUGUUGGGGCUAUCCCAUGUGAAGCUAUUAUUUUUCUGAGUCUUAUUGUUUCUGCAUUUGUGUCCUCCACCACUCCCUUCUUGGCUGGCAUUGGUAUGCCUGCCAGAUUGUCAUCAAGGGUCAUACUUCAAUAAAUGGUGCUAAGGACAAAAAAAAAA